AUGACCUUAGUAUCCUCCAGUAAAAGAAAACCAUCGGAUUGUUUUUACGCGGCAGCAUUCUGCUUGCAUUUUUUGCUUUGGAUUUCGUGUGCCGUGUCCGGAGAGGGGGAUCAUCAGUUCAGCGUUGAGGGAUGGCUACAGAGGUAUGGCUACCUUCCCCGCACAGAACCAGGCAUGUCUGUCCUGUGGUCGGCCCAAACCAUGCACUCUGCCAUUGCUGCCAUGCAGCGUGUCUAUGGUCUCAAUGUCACAGGGACACUGGAUGAGAAAACCAAGGAUGAUAUCACUCUGAGCUGGAUGCAAAAACCCCGCUGCGGAGUUCCGGACACAUUUAGAAGUGCACCGAGGUCACGGAGGCGGAGAUACGCUCUGACAGGACAGAAGUGGCAGCGUACACACAUAACCUACAGCAUAAAAAAUGUUACCCCGAAGGUGGGCGCACGGGAGACUCACGAUGCCAUCCGGCGGGCGUUUGACGUGUGGCAGGGUGUGACUCCCCUACGCUUCGAGGCCGUUCCAUACAGUGCCCUGGAGACUGGCAGGCGUGACGUGGACAUCACUAUCAUCUUCGCUUCAGGUUUUCACGGUGACAGCUCGCCCUUCGAUGGGGAGGGAGGAUUCCUUGCCCACGCCUAUUUUCCAGGCCCAGGCAUAGGAGGAGAUACACACUUUGACUCAGAUGAGCCUUGGACGCUUGGGAACCCCAACCAUGAUGGUAACGACCUGUUCUUGGUUGCGGUUCACGAGCUGGGCCAUGCUCUCGGUCUGGAGCAUUCAAAUGACCCCACUGCUAUCAUGGCUCCUUUCUACCAGUACAUGGACACAGAGAACUUCAAACUACCUCAUGAUGACCUACAGGGCAUCCAGAAAAUAUACGGUCCACCGGAUAGAGCGCCACAGCCUACCAGGCCCCCACCCACAGUCCCACCUCCUCGCUUUCACCCACCCUCUGACCCACGUAAACACGAUCGCCAUGCCAGACCCCAUCGCCCCCCACAGGGCGCCAAACCCUCCAACCCGAACUCCAAACCUAACAUCUGUGAUGGAGGCUUCAACACUCUGGCCAUCCUCCGAAAGGAGCUUUUUGUGUUCAAGGACCAGUGGUUCUGGAGGGUGCGAGACAACUCGGUAGUUCCUGGCUACCCCAUGCAGAUCAACUACUUCUGGAAGGGCUUACCUCCCAAAAUUGAUGCAGUGUAUGAAAACAGCGAAGGGAAGUUUGUUUUUUUCAAAGGAAAUCGUUUCUGGGUCUUCAAGGACACAACUCUCCAGCCUUCAUACCCUCAGGACAUCUCACUGUUCGGGAGUGGCAUGCCCACACAGAGUAUUGAGACAGCUGUCUGGUGGGAGGAUGUCGCCAAAACCUACUUCUUCAAAGGAGACAGAUACUGGAGGUACAACGAGGAUAUGAGGACCAUGGACCCAGGUUACCCUAAACCCAUCACCAUCUGGAAGGGCAUCCCUGACUCACCACAAGGGGCUUUUGUGGACAAGGCCAAUGGUUUCACCUACUUUUACAAAGAAAAGGAGUACUGGAAGUUCAACAACCAGCUGCUUCGUGUGGAGCCUGGCUACCCUAGGUCCAUUCUGAGGGACUUCAUGGGCUGCGACGGACUACCUGCCGACCCCGACUGGGACUGGAGCCCCCCGGUGGCAGAGGAGCGCCACUAUGACAACGGUGACGCGGACGUUGUUAUCAAACUAGACAGCGCUGGAGGUACGGAGAAAGCGGUGGCCAUUGCUAUCCCAUGCGUUCUGGCGCUGUGCAUGAUGGUCCUCCUCUACACGGUUUUCCAGUUCAGGAGGAAGAGCACGCAGCGCCACAUACUGUACUGCAAACGCUCCAUGCAGGAGUGGGUCUGAGGGAUUAUUAUUGCACUGUAUAGAGAGGGUUGUGAAGCUCUGAUAAAGGUCUAGUUAUUGCUUGAAACCCUAAGUACAGUAAGCACUGUAAGGGGUGCAGCACAUGGGGUUUGCCAUGUAGGCAAAUUUCAGAACUGCUCAAACUCAUAACAUGCAAGCUGCAAAGAAUUGAAACAAUCAGCAGAACUCAACUGAAGACGGUGCUGGAGCCACACCUAUGUCUAAUUAAUAUGUAUGUAUCAGCUUUGACUUUUUCUGUAUCUUGGAAUGAACUCAAUUAAGUGAGACAGAGUUCAGCUUGUGUAAGUGGGACCUUUGUCUAUCCCCAUCUCUGCACGCCACUUAAAAAACCCCAAGCACUAACUUCGGUGGACAAAUUAGAUAUAGGCUUCUACUUUACUUUCAUUUCUUAAUUAAAUUGCCCUGAGCUGUGCUUUCCUUAAUUUAGGGUCCCCUGUAAAAGAUUAUUCAUUGUGUUGAGGACUCAUACACGAACCAAAUAUGACCUUUUCUUCCAAAGAGGAUUACUGCUCGAUGUGUUGUUUUGAUGGGAUAUUUUUCCUCCGUAGAUCAAACUUUGUGGACCAUACUCUGAUUUUCUUUUGCCAUGUCUAUUCAUAUCCACCCGUCUGCUCACUAAUCUGUUGGGAUAAGACGCAGCCGUUAGAGGUAGGAAUUCAAGACUGUUGUGGAGUAUAGCUCCAAAACAGAGGCCAAAAAGACCUCUCUGCAAUAUUUAUGAGACUGCCUUAAUCACACAUUGCUUAAAUUUCCCUUUGCUUUCUUUCGCCAUUUCUCUGGUCCAUAAGUUGGAUACUGAGUGACACAGUGGGAAUAUUAACAGUCCAUACAGGCAUUAAUUACUGCCCAAACAAAGCAGUAUUUGAGGACAGUUUGAUCCACAAACAGGUUUAUUGUUCCUGAAAUGUGCUAAGCUGUGCCUGGUGGGAAGUAGGCUAUCAGCUUUCAUUUAUGUCACCACCUGAGGGUAUGAGAGAAAAAGAGGUUUGUGGUACACUGUAAAAAAAAAAAAAAAAAUCUGUAGAAAAAUGGAAAAUGUACUGGUAAUUUUCUGCCAGUACAUUUUUUAAACAGAAAUUUAGAAAAAUGGUCAAAUUCAAUGGGUGGUUAAAAAAAUACAGAAAAAACAUCUGUAAAAAAUUUAUAUAGAAAAUUCCUUCAUGUUAAGACAUACAUUGUACUGCAUUUUUACAGAUUUUUUUUUACAGUGUAGGUAGGAGAAAAAGGAGAGUAAUUACCCACAUUACAUAUGUACUGUAUUGUAGUAUAUUGAACAACUAACAUCCGUUUUUAUCUGCUGAGUUUGGAUAACAGUACUCUAUUAAUCCAUGUAUUUUAAAUAGCUUUAGAAAUCCAUGUUAUGUUUUGCUUUGUUUUUGGGGAUUUUUUUGUACAAGGUUUGUAAUUUUACAUAAUAUUUCAUAUAGAGCAGGGCACAAAGGAGGAAAAUAACUACAUCCACCUGUUUUUUUUUUUUUUAAUGAAACAACUUUCUUUAUAGAAGCAAAUAAUCUGCAUCUCCAGUUACCACAAGCACAACAAGCUUGUAUUAGUGGCCAGUGCUGUUGCCCAGGUUGCUCCAUCUUCUCACUACUUUGUGCAAAAUGUUUUUGAUGCAUAGCACUGCUGUAAUAAAUAAAAAAUAUGUCUAAACAUUCAGAGGAAUUAAAUAGCAGAAAUAAAGAAACUAACACUUUGGAUAUCUGAAAAACGCUUAACCAGUUUGGCCUGUGUUUAGCAGAACCAGGUUGUUUUAUGCAAUCUAACUCUAACUAACCACGAUACAGACACUAUGUUACAUUAACAAUUUACUAAUCCCAGUUUAUAGAACUAAUAAAAAAAUGGAAUUAACAGGAAUAUUGGAAAAACAAAAAACAGCUAAAUUUAAUCUAAAAUAUUUCUCAUAUAUAGUAUAAUAUGUGUUAUUUCAUGUAUGCAUAGUACAUAUAUAAAUCUUAUGAAUUUAGGAAACAAAACAGCAUAAAAAGAGGCUCUCUUUGAGGUGAGAUGGAGCCAAACUGAGCAAAAGCUUUUCUAUCACCAUAUAAUGUGUUAUAAAUGCAAUACAGCCUGGAUCUGAAUUACUAUGUUGUCUUGCAAUUGCCUUUGGUCUGCCAUACAUGUAACGAUGUGGUUGUGUGGUGUAUCAUUUCUCAGAGUUUGCCAGAUCAUCCGUCAGCGUCCCUGAUGUGAUUUUAGUUGUUUUUACUACUCUUUUACUUGAAAUGGUCAUCAGCACCAACUGUACAGGAUAUCUUACAUAACCCUCCGAUGAUAAUGAGGCAAUGCCAUUUUAUAACAUAUCAGAAAGGGAAUUUUAGAUUUAAAAUGUUUUAAUCUUUGAAUGAUCUACCGAAGGGUACAUUAAUGGAGCUAUGAUUGAUGGGUUAAACCUUCAUUCAUCAUAAUUUGUAACAGAUGAAAGCUUAAAUCUUACGUGAUGGCAGUGCAGGCUGUGGUUAAACUAGGAUGGCAUUCUUUCACAGCUGACCAUGGAUCAUCCUCAUACCAGUCUUUCCCACAGUAUUUAAAUGAAGUGGCUGAUUCAGAAUUGCAUUUUCCUGCUGAAAGCAUUGGCAGUCAUGCUAUAUGAUCCAUGUGAAACGACAAGCUUCCUAUCUGUCCUUGCUGUUCCGGUUUUCAUGCCACAGUCAAAAAUUAUGAAAGAAAAUGUAAAGAAAUGAGCAGCUUUGCUUUCCUGAAGCAGUGCUAAAUCGCUGUGCACAUCAGUCCAUGUUGAUCCAUGAUCACUGUAACUUAAGGUUGAAGCAAAAGCCUUUGGCUCAGUGUCGUGUAUGAUGUCCUAUCAGUUUGUGUGUUUGUGGUGAGGGUCUGAUGGCUCCAGAGAGUGUGAAGUGAGGCAGGUCAGUACUGUAUUUAUUGCCGUAUUUAUUCCUGUGUGCUCAGAACCUCAACUCUUGCAUUGCAUUGUACUGAGGGCAAGAAGCUGUCAA